AUGGCCAAAAAAGCGCUUAUUGGUACCUAUGGAGCCUACACAUACCGGGUGGCUGUCCAUGGCUGCGGUGGAGAAGGCCACGGCAGAGUUGGGAUGUUGGGAGCGGCCGUGAACACGCAGCUGAAAGUUGUUGGUAUUUUACGGGUGCCAAGCCAGAACUAUCAGCAGCAGAGAGUUAGCGGGAAACGGAACGCAGGAUUGGCAGGGUGUUAUCGGCAACUUUCGCAAGAGGGCCUAGACAGCGAAUACAAGUUCCAAAUUGUGAUUACUGUGACGGUCUCCCACCAGACGGGACAUCUCGUAGAUUACCUCGCGCCCGGCAUCAAAGACAUUAUCAACAUUCUGAAGGACCAGUCGGCCUACCAGUGA